AUGUUUGGCUAUCCGACAACAGAAACAAUGAACUGGCUUCACAAAAGCUAUGGGAACUCCCAAGGAACUACAGGGCAACUGAAAAGUCGAUUAGAAGAUCUCAAAAAGCCUUGGAAGAAGGAAAUCAGCCCUUCCAUGUUGCAGCACAGUGAGACUGCUAGACUGGCUGUGGAUGCCUUUCUGGAACAGGGAGAAGCUGGCUACCUACAAGCCAUUGCUCAGGAGAAGGAGCUGCCCUUUCUUUCCAAGGUAGACAUGGAUUACAUGAGCCAACACAGCCAAAGCAUCCCGGAGUCUCCAAUGAAGGGCCGUGAAUCAGGGCUCAAUAGAGAGGACAGUGCAGACAGAGCUUCACUUCUCUCUGGAGUCACAUCUGGGACCUAUUUUCCAAUGAUGUCCGAUGUUGAUCCCCCACAGCUGGAGCUGGGAUGGCCAACGACAGUUCCAGUCACAGCAUAUGAUCAACAAGAAGUCAGCUUGUAUUUCCAACGAGACAAGGCAAAUAACGUAAAGGAAAUACUGAGAUCUCUAAUAUGCAAGUCCAAGUCAGUGAUUGCAAUUGUGAUGGAUCUCUUCACAGAUAUGGAAAUACUCAGUGAUCUAAUGGAAGCAUCAAGCAAGAGGCAUGUGCCUGUUUACCUGAUCCUUGAUGAAAAAAACUUGAAAUACUUUGCUGAAAUGUGCACUAAAAUGGAUCUCACAAUGGACGACUUUCCAAACAUGCGCAUACGUUGUGUGAGUGGAGACACGUAUUACAGUAAAGCUGGCAAGAAGCUUACAGGGCAAGCACUUGAGAAAUUUGUGCUGAUAGACUGUGAACAAGUCCUUGCAGGAAGUUACAGUUUUACAUGGCUGUGCAGCCAGGUUCAUACUGGCUUGGUAAUACACUUCAGAGGGAAAGUUGUUGAAUGUUUUGACAGAGAGUUUCGAUGCUUAUAUGCUGAAUCCAGAUCUGUGAAUCAACUCAGUAUCCCCGUUGCUGAAAGGUCCAUAUUAUCUUCUCACAGGACCUUGAAGAACUUUGAGCCAGUUUUAAAGGGGUUUCAACAAAACGAAAGUGAAACCACAAGCCCCUCAAGUAGCCUCUCCAAUUACAGCAUAGACAGCAUAAAGAAAUCGCCAUAUUUAAACCAGGCAACAUCCAAGGACAUUUCAGGUUUACUAGGGAUUAGUAACUUGAAAUACCAGCCCAGGGACCUAUCAGAUUCUAGCUGCAGUGCCGCAGCUAAAUUAAAGUAUCAAUUCAAUGAAAUCUCUAAUUUGCCAAGACUUAAAACAUCUUUUCUAUCAGCAUCAUCACCAAUACUAGGUGACAAUACAAGAAAUGGGCACGAUUUGCAGUUUCUCCCUGAGAAUAUUGGAACAAACAGCAACAGGGCAUUCCCUUAUAACACUCAAACGAAGGACAAUGUAAGCAAAAUACAGAAUAAUGACAAAACAGCAACUCAUGGAUAUAGCAAACUAGAUCUCAUUUACAACCCAACUAAAUCAUUGAAUAGUGGCCAGAAACUCUCAGUUCCUUCUUCUUCUGGUGUCUCUGAUGAUGCACCAAGAGAAAACAAGAGCAACAUACACAGAGAUGAAAAAAGGAUGACUCUUGGUCAUAGUAAAUUGGAUAUGAUUACUAAUUAUAACAAAUCAAAAGCAAAACAAGUUCACAGUCGAUUUGAGAUGUAAUCUGUGAAGUGGUUUUAGCAAAAUGUUUAUCGUAGCCAAAAGUAUGAUGUAUUUGAAAUAGUUAAUUCCAAAAUAUAGAAGCUCAAUAUCUCUUGUUUUUAAUUGACAUAGGUGUCGAAAACAUUUCUAAAAUACUGAGGUAUCUUUGUAAGAAGUCUAGAAAAAUUAUCAUAUAUGAUAUAUGAGAGCUAAAGGAACUCUGGUACUCCAUGAUUCUAUAAUUCAUCUGAAAAAUAAAAUACUUUGAAAGCUGCAAAAAUUAACAAUCUGAGAUGUCUUCCUUCUGGACAUAUUUAAUGGUUCUCAGAAGUACUUAAAUGAUAACUAGAUUACUAAUUAAUGGUGGUUUGAGUGCUGGCUUAUGGUCAAUAAACUCAUUGGAUGACCUUGGGAAAAGAUGUUAUCUUUCAGGUCAACGCCAAUGAAAGUAAAUUGCAGGGUGGGGCAUCUAUAUAACCCUGAACAAUUUGGAGAAAGGAUAGAAUUGAAAAUGCUAUAAACCAGUAAAUAAAUAUGAAUAGAAGAAAUCACUCACUUAAUAAGAGUAGUACACUGGCUUCACUACAGCUCUUUAUCAGAAGUGGUAAUUUCACUGGGCCCAGUUUACACCUCACUACAGAAACCAUAAUACAAAAAUUGUGCUUCCUGCUUCCUAGUAAUUGCCCUUGGCCUUGCUGUUUAAUAAACAAUGUUCAUUGUACAAUGUAAUUAUAAUAAAGAUCUCUGGGUACUGAAAUUGAUAUUAAGUAUGUAAGAAGCUAUACCAAAGGGUGGAUAUAGAUGACUGGAAAUGUCCUGAACAUCACUUGUGUAACCUGAAUUAGGUUUGUAUUCUGUCUGUCUUCUGAAUUUUUUAAAUUACAGGAACACAAUGGAUUUAUCUCAUAUCAGUGGUCAAUCAGAUUUUCAUAAUGGAUGCCCACAAACAUAGUUCCUUCUACAUGAGUCACUGAAAAUGAAUUAAGGCACAGUCCAGCCAAAAUCUCUUUUAUUUCCAUGGGAAGUUAAUUGCUUAAUUAUCUACAAUCAGCUAAGCUUAAAUAUGUUUAGCUUUGACUACCUUAUGCUGUCACUUAGUAGGGAGGAACAGGUUGUUAUCACUAACGCUUAUUAUUUCUCAUAAUUGUAAUUGGAUGUGUUUUGUCUGUUUGGUUUUUAGAAUAUGUUGAGCUAGUAUAGCCAAGAUUUUCUGGGCUUGUUGUGGGAAUCUUUUGGAGGGCCGUGAUCACUCAUUUUAAUGUUUUCUUUCAAUUCUAUAAUUGUAUGACAAGGAGAGAAAGGAAGUUGGGGCAAGGUAUUAGUGAUGCCAAACAAGAAAACAGGGGGCUGCCAGGAAUCUAGCAAUCUUCACAGUGAGGCAAAUUGAUGCAUUCAUUACUCAAGAUUUGGGCAAAAUGAAGGGAAGGACAGAGUUAGAAGAAUAAGAAUAACUGAAGAUAAGAAUCUGAAACAUAUUUCCUCUUAAAUAUAGGAAAGGCAAUAGAGUCGCUUCUUUGGGGAACACUCUUGAAAGUGUCCCUGGUGCAGUAGUGGAGGGGACACUCUGGGCUCUGAAAUAGACAUGGUUUCCCUACCCUUAGCUCUUAGGUCUCAUCUAUAUUGCCCAGGCAUGUAGCCGGGGCGGGGGGCGGGGGCGGGGGGCUUGAGGGGCUUCAGCCCCCCCCCCAAUUCUCAGGGUGGUCCGCGAGAAGGCCUUACAUUUAUUAUUUAAACUGUUAUGUUUAUUCAUAUCAUGAUCUGAUCACCAUGCUCAGUAUAUCCCAUAUGCAUGGGGGUAUUGGGAUAACGAUACAAAAGGUUUGCUAGGUUAGACCCUCUCCCGCUCAGACUCAGCCCCCCCCCUCCCGAACCAAAAUCCCAGCCCCUCCCGAACCAAAAUCCCAGCCCCUCCCGAACCAAAAUCCUGGCUACAGGCCUGACACUGCCAUAUAAUCCAAUCUCUGAAUCCAUAUUGUCUGCUUUGACCUGGAUAUGGCAGUAUAUACUCAUAAUCCAGUUCAAAUCAGAUAAUCCAGAUUUAGAAACAGGAUUACAGUAUACGGAAGUGUAGCUUCAGCCUUAGACAGAGGGAUUUAGGACCUUUGCCACUGCUCAGAUAAUAUGGAUUCUGUCUGGGGUAAUUUAUAUCAGCUUCUACUGGUAGUACCCAACACAUGAGGACAGUUAAAUCAGACAGGCAAGGUUAUAAUCAACAACCCACUAGACUAUUUUAAAGUAUGGAAAUCGUCCUGGGAAAUGAGCAGUCCAUUUUGGCACUAUAAAGCUACUUAUGAUAAUUGCUCAUAGAUAUAAGCAUAUACAGUAGAGUCUCACUUAUCCAACGUUCUGGAUUAUCCAACGCAUUUUUGUAGUCAAUGUUUUCAAUAUAUCAUGAUAUUUUGGUGCUAAAUUCGUAAAUACAGUAAUUACAACAUAGCAUUAAUGCUUAAUGAACUACUUUUUCUGUCCAAUUUGUUGUAUAGCAUGAUGUUUUGGUGCUUAAUUUGUAAAAUCAUAACCUAUUUUCAUGUUUAAUAGGCUUUUUCUUAAUCUCUCCUUAUUAUCCAACAUAUUCGCUUAUCCAACAUUCUGUUGGCCCGUUUAUGUUGGAUAAGUGAGACUCUACUGUACAUGCCUUUUAGGGGGUAACAAAUUACAUUGUAUAUAGGGUAUCAUCCAUUUCAUAAGGACUUUCAUGGGGAUUGAACAAGAAUCUAUCUGCAUCCAUUUAACAGGCUUAGUAAUAAUUAGUACAUGUAAGAACAUUAUCCUUUUAAACCAUUUAUCAUAGCUUCUUAUCCAUCAUAAACUUUAUUAUUGUCAUCAUUAUUAUCAAGUUCCUCCUUAAUUUACUAGUGUCUGAUAAAGCAUUAUAUAAACAUUUCAUAAAGGCUUUCACUUGUACAGAAUUCUGUCCCUUGUAUUGAUUGACUAUCCAUUAAUAUUGUGACAAGUGUUUUGGAUGUUCAUUUUUGUUUGGAUUUUGGAAUAUAAAUACAUAAUCAUACAUCUUGGGGAUGACCCCCAAGUCUAAACACAAAAUUAAUUUAUGUUUCAUAUCCAUCUUACAGCCUAAAGGUAAUUUUGUACACAAUAUUUUAAUAAUAAAUGAAGCACAGUUUGUAUAUAUGAAGAUAUAUAAAAAACAAAUAUGUCACUAUCUCAGCCACCCAUGUGGAUGAGUCUGGAAUACUUUGGAUGUUGAUAUUCAGGAUAAGGAAUAUUCGAUCUAUAUAGUCAUAAUCCUCUUAAUGAUAUAAUGUAGGCAAUUACACAGGGACAUAAUAUAUUUUCAUCUGAGGAAUUUACACAGCUAACAGGCUUCAGCAACCUCAGAGGUGCACAAGGAGUAUUAUCUUAAUGGUAUUCAUACUUAUCUAGGUACAUAUAUCUAUUCUUAUUAUAACCUCACGAGUACCAGCAUACAUUAUUAUUUUAGGGCAGCAUAUCAGGGCAGUCACCAGUCUUUAAUUUCUCAGGAAAGUUGUCCUAGGCAACAACCUUCCAUGCUGGAAGGACUCUGAAAGCUUGUUUGUUGAUUAGUCAAAAUUGUACACUAGAGAUAUAAAAUACCAUUUCUUAUCCAAUAAAAAUAUACAUCUUUCCAUAA